AAUCCAAAUUCCGUUGCUUUUUUAUUUUUACCAAGCCGCCACCCGAACCAUGGCGACAACGUGGCAGAAGCCGCCAGAAAUCAGAGAUCGACCCGCGAUUAUGCAAGAGAUUCAGUGCGUCGUCGGGCCAGGCGGCGACAGUUACGAUGCUAACGAGCAAGACGACUGCGCAAAUCUCGUUACCAGCGAGCGACACGACAGCCUCCAUAUUUACCUCUUAGCCACGUCCCUGCCUCACGAUUCUUCAGGGAGAUUAGGUCUUAGCAGCCCUUUGCAGCAGCAAUACCGCGUGAUCGUGAAGCCGUCGCCGCGCAGAAUCCGCUUGAAGCAGGUUAAGAAGAAUCACCAGCAGGCUUUAGCUUCGCGGAGUCAUUCGGACGGUCCUAGUGUCUUGUUACAAUCCGAAUCCGACGGUUUAGAAAACCGUUCUACGCAAGCGAGUUUUCGGAGAUGGAGCUCGCAGUUCUCGAUUGCACAGCCGAACGCGCUACAAGCAGAACCGAUAGCUCGCUUAGGGAUCCGGCCGGGGUUUCCAGGGCUGUUAGAUGGGAUACGAGUGGCGUUGGGACGGCCGCUGGCGACUGCAGCGAUGUCAUUCGCGGGUCUGACAGGUCAGAACUCCCGUGGGUCUCUGCGUCAUCUAAGGCCCUGCCCUCCGUCUCUGCCGCUGCUGCACCUGCCGUCAAGCCGCCACCCGGCCUUCCCUGCGCGCCUGCUGUGGUCCGCUGCACGGCUGCCAGCAGUAGCAGCUGCGGAUGGGGGGAGGGGGAGUCAGCUGCUGGCUGUUUUACCAGGGAAGGAGAAGCGGUGGGAUGGCUUGCAGCUUGACCUGCAGGGGUCUCCUGUGCUGCACCUUUCUGAAUCAUCCGCCGCCUCCUCCAACUCCUCCUCCUCCUCCUCCUCCUCCUCCUCCUCCUCCUCCUCCUCCUCCUCCUCCUCCUCCUCCUCCUCCUCCUCCUCCUCCUCCUCCUCCUCCUCCUCCUCCUCCUCCCCCUCCCCCUCCUCCUCCUCCUCUCCGCCCCUCUCUCGCCCAUCCCCCACACCCCCCCCUCCCCUUUCACCCGUCCACCCGGUCUACCAGCAGCAGCUUAGCGCCACUGGUCCAGCGUUCAUGGGCAAUGUGUUUCUGAUUUCCGACGCCUCUAAGAGGGGCAUGCUGGGAGUCAAGGGGCCGGAAUCGCCCCUCGCAGGGCUGGGGCAGUGGGUGUUGAGGCAGCGGCAGCACCUGCCAGGCCUUUUGAAGGCUGCCCUUCCUCCGUUCCUGCACAAGGGGAGACAAGAGGGGGGAGAAAGGGGAGGAGGGGAGGAGGGAAGCAGCAAAGCAGAGCGAGCUAGGGGACUGGGGAUGGGCGCGAGCGAGAUGGGCGCAAGCAGGAGGGGAGGGAAGGAAGAGGGCGUGAGAGACGAUAAAGAAAGGGAGGCGGACGAUGGAAAAGUGGCUAUCUUCCGAUUCUUCAUGAGCCAGGGGGGUGCAGCCCGCUACCUGCGGCGCCUGCAGCUGUACCCGUUUGCACCGGACGAAGUCAAGGCCAGCACCGUUGGAUCCUGCCCGCUCGAAAUUGCAUACCGUUUCUUCAAGCUUCGCCACCCGCUUUUCGCCUUUGUGCCGGACGAGGCUCAGGUGCGGGCGGCGCGGCAGUUACUGCGCCAGCUGGAGGGGAGAGAAGCAGCAGAGCGGUUCCAAGGGGUGCCGGUGUUUAGCGCGGCCAAUCUCACCAUCGCCGUGCCGUCUAAAAGUGGCAUGUUGAAGUGGUACCGCCCCUACUUUUUCAACAAGAAACAGCUGGAUCGGCUGUUGGCUUCCAGUGUGGACCAGUACUUCAUGAGCCUCAUGCGCGCCCGGCGAGCAGCGAGACGGGCUCAGUUUGCUGCAGUGGAUGGUACUGGAGCUGCAGGAGGGGGGGGAGGGGCAGCAGAGGAGGAGGAUCCGUUUGACGCCCUGCCAGACCCGCAUGAGUUUGCGGACGACAGCAUGUUUCCAGACCCGCCAGAGAUCCAGGAUUUCGCCCAGGAGCUAGGCCCCAUGCUGGGGUCCAACUUCCCCUCCGCCUCCCUGGGUACGCCCUCCCCCGGGUCCACCCUUCCGGUGCUGCGAGACGCCGAGCUGGUGGUGCAGGAGGGCAUGGAUCGGGUGCUGUUAGGCAGCACGUGGGGGAGGAAACUAGCGGGUCUGGAGCCGUCUUUCACUGUGAUCGUGGACUCGUUUCAGAGGAGAGUGGAGGAGGCAGAGGCGGCGGUGGAUGCAGACAUCAAGGCGUUUGUCAGUGCAGCCGUUACUGGUCUGCUCCAGAAAUACAAUCUGCUUCCACAACGCUCCAGCUCACCUAAAAAGGGGAAGGACUUCCCUCUGCAAAGCUUGAUAAAGGAUCUGAUUAAAGAGGGUACAGCAGGGAGCGUGGUUUCAGUCCCCCCCUCGGCGAAUGCUCCGACAACUGCUGAAUCAACUCAAGAGAAAUUCCUGUCAGGACGGCAGCAGGAAAAGGAGCAGCGCACGCCGCAACAGCGGAAGGAACAGGAGCAGCAGCAGCAGGAGCAACAGCAGCGGCGUGAGAAGGAAGGGAAUGUGUCAGACGCCAGCCCUUCCUCUCCCACCAGUAUCCCCCCUGCCACUGGCACUUACCCUCCCUCUGAUUCUACACCUUCCACCCCCACUGGUGCUGAACACGGACUGCCACCCAUGGGGGGAAACAGGCGGCUGGAGGAUCUAGCUGGCAAAGGAACGGGGAGAGGCGGCGGUGACACCGUGGCCCGUGAUUCCCCAACAGCGAUGGAAGCAACAAGCAAGAGCACAGGAGACACGGGUGCGAGGUCAGAGGGCGGAGAAGGGUGCACGAGUGUGGGAGGCACCGAAGAGAGGGGCACAAGCAGUAGGGAGAGAGAGAGGAAUACGGGCGGGAAAGGCAAGGGGAAGACUGUGAGCGUCCUGGGACGUGUGUUUGAGGGGGAGCUGCUGGCUGGGAUGUUGCGAAUGAUGGGAGAGUACCGCACUGCUGACCUUCUGGAAAAGGCUCUGAGCUUUGGGGAAGGGAAUGUCAGGGAAGGGAUAAGUGCUGCUGAAAGCAGAAUUGAAGGAACCACAGCGAGCAGUCUUGGCACCAUCAGUGGCAGCAGCAGCGGCGGCGGCGGCGGCGGCAUUGGUGGCCGCAGCACAGCUAGUGUCUCUGGGAAUGCGGAUGCGACGACGAGGGAGGGGGUCAAAGGAGAGGGCGAGAAGAGAGGGGAGGUGAAAGAGAUAGUGGCUGACAAGGAGCCAGUGGUGCAGCAAGGUUCUGUUCCAGUCCAGAAGCCGGCUUUGACUCAAGAGUCAUCUGAAGAAGGUCCAGCGCAGGAGAGCAUACGGCAGGUGGUGAGUGCCAUUCGGGGGAGGCUGGGUGCUGCUGUAGCCGAAGGGAAACGUGGCAUGGCUGGAUUGGUGGUCUCUGCCAAGGAAGCUGUGGCUAGACUCGCCCGUCAGGAUGGCACUUCUUCAAGCGAAGUUGCUUCUAACGAAUCUGCUCCAAACGGAGUUGCUGCAAGCGAGGCUGCAAAGGGUGUGGUGGAAGGAACUGGUGGGGAAAAGGGAGCUGAUUCUGCAGCUGGGGCUGCUUCAGCUGCAGCUGGUGCAGCAGUGGCUGACAAGUCACAGGCAGAAACGGGCGGACUACCUUCAUUGGCAGCUGAUCAAAGUGGUUCUCCUGCAAGAGACUUGGUGUCAAAACUGACUGCAGCAACAGAGGGUGAAGUGUUAGAGCCUUCUGAGACAUCUGGGACUGCUAUAUCUGAAUUAGAGGCGAAAAAUGCUGCAGACAGAGCAGCUGCUGCUGCUGCUGCUGCCGCUGCUGCUGCUGCAGCAGAAGAAGUUGCUGCUGCAGCUGCUGCCAAUGCAGCUGCUUUGGUUCGGCCCGAACGUUUGCCUGGGUUCCAGCCGAAACUAGCGAUCCUGGGCGUGACUGUGCCAAGCCUGAAGGUCGAACCUGUGAGUAAAAGCAGCAGCGUCACGAAGGCCAAGGAGAGCGAGGGAGCGAAUGGUGUGGGGAGUGAGGAAACAGCUUCUGGGGACCUCGGGAAGGAUUCUGCUACUGUGGGAGAAGGGCAACCAAGAAAAGUAGCAUCAAGCAAAGGAGAUGAUGGGAAGCCUUCAAACGAGGACACUCCAACAAACACUGCUAAGGGAUCUGGCUUGUCAGAUGCUGGAGCAACAGCAACAGCUGCUGAUGUUUCAACAGGGGCUGCAACAGAGACAGCAGCAGAGGCAGCUGCAGAGGCUGCGGCAAUGGCAGCAUUAGCAGGAGUGAAAGAGACCAUUGCAAGUGCAGCUAGGGAUUUUGAGGAGACUGUUCGAAGGGGUGAUGUUCCGGACGCAAGUCGAGACCCAUUGUUCAUUGCAGAUCUUGGGGAGGACAGGGUGGAAGGAGGGUGGGGGAAUUCAGCAGAGAUUGGUGGCCUCAAGAGUACUGGAUGAUGCGUGGAAUUGGAGCUGCCAUUCUGGCAGAGGCGGGAUUGAUGUUUACCAGAACUUGUUUUGACAGAUGGUAGAUAAGGCCAAGCCCAGUGAUUCCUGAUGCCUUCAUUUCAAAGUUGGUACUGGUACACAAUCUGCAAGGCGCAUCACAAGUUGGCCAACACCACUUCACCAGUCCAUGUAUUUUCACCAUGGCACAACAAUACCCCGUCAUAAUGUUACAAGACCAGCAUUAAUGUUACAAGAGAUCAGCUAGAGAUCCAUCCAGCCUGACAUCCUUGAACUUGGAAAUUUCCCUUUCAUAGUCUUCAAUGC